AAUGCUGAUCCCUACCGUGCUAAAGGCGCUCAUGCUUGUCAACCUAAGGUUGCCUCCUUCGGCGGCAACGGACGAAGAGUUGCCGGUGCCUUUUAGCGAGUCCGCUGCCAUCGAAGGCUGUCAAUGCUGGGCACAUGGUUCCGAUUGCCGCUGCUUUGGCGACACCAUCACCGAGAUACCACAGGACCUCGGUGAUCACGUCGAAAAGCUAACCCUCGAAAAGGUGGCGUUGGAGAAGUUGAGAAAUGGUUCACUGGACCGAUACUCAAGUUUGCUCCGAGCACUUCAUUUGAAUUCCCUACUACGGCUGCACACUAUCGAGCCGGGAGCCUUCGACAGAUCCCUGGCCCUCCGUGAGAUUUCCAUCCAGAAAUCGAUCCUUCUCAAGUCUAUUCCCCAAGGAGUACUCAACGGACUUCCAAAACUCUCCAUAUUGAGGAUAACACAUUCCGGGCUGCUACAAGUGCCAUACAUGCACGAUUUGAAUCCGGUUACCUACAUCGGAAUGCUCAACCAAACUCUCUCAGGAGCAUUAUGCCAUCUACAGUUGUCCAAUAGCAGGGAUUUCGACAGCAACCGCAUUCAGGAAUUACCGCCAUCGUCCAUUAAGGUGAAGGCUGGAACAUUAAUUCUGAACCACAACGUCAUCAGCAUAAUACAUCCCCGGGCUUUCGAGGGAUCCAGAAUUGCAGAAGUGAGAUUACGAGGCAAUCGGAAGCUAACCGAAGUUGAUGGCGAAGCCUUCGUAGGACUUUCCAACCUCAGUCAUUUAGACCUUUCCGAAACAAGCCUGAACAGCCUGCCAACACUUGGCCUGGAGGCACUGGAAGAGCUCGACCUCCGAGACACGCCAACACUGCAAGAGUUCCCUUCAGUGUACCACUUCAAACUCAUCAAAGUGGCUCAACUGACCUACCCCUUCCACUGCUGCGCAUUCCAAUUUCCAGAAACCCAUAGCCCUCAAGAACAUCAUCGCUUCCAGAAGAGCUGCACCGAAGACUCGCUCUUGCAUGCACAUGAUAGAAACGUCGAAGAGGGUGUUGGACUUCUGCCGGGUUAUUUUCAAUUUGGCGAGGCACUUUCGGAUGCGCACAUACCUUGGGGUGAGGCAAACGCCACCACAGGUCUUGGACGAAGUAAUCGGACCGCAAGAAAGGCGUCACCAGAUUUCGGACCAAUAAGAGCUCCUUCUGAACUGCAAAUCGGUUCACGUGAACGCCCGAUGCAGGAACUGCAGGGCAUUGAGGGUACAUUUCAUCCAGAAGUUCAUCCCCAGGAGGAACAGUGGAUCACUUGUGGAAAACUGGCCAGCCGUCAAGUGCACUGCUUCCCAGCACCCGAUGCCUUCAACCCGUGCGAAGACGUCAUGGGCACACAGCUCCUUAGGGUUGCCGUCUGGUUUGUGGUUGUGGCUGCAGUCACUGGCAACUUAGCAGUAAUGCUAGUGCUAAUUAGUGGUCGAAUGAGUGUGUCCAAAUUCCUUAUGUGCAACCUGGCAUUCGCCGACCUCUGCAUGGGGGCGUACCUGCUUCUCAUCGCAGCUGUGGACCUUCAUACUAGCGGCCAAUACUUUAAUCAUGCCAUACUUUGGCAGAGCGGUUCUGGAUGCAAAAUUGCAGGAUUCCUGACAGUGUUCGCCUCCGAGUUAUCCAUUUACACGCUAACUGUCAUCACUUUGGAACGCUGGUACGCUAUCACGUAUGCCGUACACCUGAAUCGACGGCUCAAGCUCCGCAACGCGAUACGCAUCAUGGCUUUCGGAUGGCUGUACGCCUGCCUUGCAGCUGCUCUACCCUUGCUAGGAAUCAGUAGCUACAAGAAAACAUCCAUUUGCCUCCCUAUGGAAAACCGUAAAAUGGCAGACCUAAUUUACUUAAUCGCAUUGUUGUCUGUCAAUGGACUCGCUUUCCUGCUGAUCUGUGCCUGCUACGGCAAGAUGUACCAAGCCAUCACGGGUCAACGUCCACGCUCCCACUCCGGCAACAAAGAUACGUCUGUGGCAAAAAGAAUGGCUUUACUCGUCUUUACAGACUUUGCCUGUUGGGCUCCAGUCGCAUUUUUCGGCCUCACAGCAGUCGCUGGGUAUCCACUGAUCGACGUGCCAAAAUCCAAGAUUCUCUUGGUUUUCUUCUACCCACUUAACUCGUGUGCUAACCCUUUCUUGUACGCGAUUCUGACUAAGCAAUACCGUCGUGACCUUUCUAUGUUGCUGUCAAAACAUGGCGUCUGUACAGGCAGGAUGCUUAAGUAUACCUCCUCCUGUCACACGACACCAAGCAAUCGCCUUCUGCGAGGCAAGGAAAACAGCAGCACAUCACGACAGACGACUGAAGUCUCUGGAAGGAAGGGCUCGCCCCACCCGAUCAAAAAUAAUUUUACCAAAAUUGGACUGCGUGAAGAGCUCUUGCGCAGACAGUCUCUCCUGUGUGAGCAUCUCGACACCCCCAUUUAGGAAGACCGAUUACUUUUGACUGUGCUACAAAGUGUGUGUGUGAAUAUCAUGGUGUAUACUAUUUACAUUGAGGUGUCAGUCAGCGGACAACAUGCCCACAGAGAGGAAUUUGAUCAAAAGCGCAAUGUAACUUAUUUGUACCUACACAGUGUGUA